AAAGCGUGCGUGAGAGGUUACAGGAGAGGGGGAGAGAAGUGCAGCCACAUUCCUGAGAGAGCUCCCUGCCCCUUCCUCCUCCUCUUCCUCCUCUUUCCUGGCUUCUCUCGCGGCGGCACACAGGACUUGGAUCCCGGGCUGUGGAUGCGGGGAGCUCCGCUGUGAAACGGACAAUCCGCGGGGAAGUUUGUGGUGCACAGUUUGGACGCUCCAGGAGGUCGUGUUUUUUUUUUUUUUUUUUUUUUUUGGAUUCUGGUUAACUUUUUGGUUGAUGGGAUCCCAACGGAGACUCGGAGCGCUGCUGCUCCUGGAGCUGCUCCUGCUCGCUGCGCUCCGGCGACGCUGCGCCGCAAGUUGUCCGGAGAAAGACUUGGAGGAAAGAGAAGAGGAGGCCAACGUAGUUCUGACCGGCACCGUGGACGAGAUCAUUAACGUGGAUCCGGUGCAUAACACCUACUCCUGCAAGGUCAGAGUGUGGCGCUAUUUGAAAGGGAAGGCUGUCGUCAGCAAUGACAUUCUCUUGGACGGUGGCAACAAGGUGAUGAUUGGAGGUUUUGGUAACCCUGGGAUCUGCGAUAACCAGGUAUCCACAGGUGACACUCGCAUAUUCUUCGUGAACCCUGCUUCAAUGUACAUGGGGCCAGAACACAAGAACGAACUCAUGCUCAACUCCAGUCUGAUGAGGAUUACUCUGCGUAACCUGGAAGAUGUGGAGCAUUGUGUGGAAGCUCACAAAUAUAUCAUUGCAGACAAACCUCCUCACUUCACGCUGGCUCAGCCUCCUAAUGGCUGCAGAGGGAUGUUGUGUGGCUUUGGCGCCGUCUGCGAACGUGACCUAAGCGACCCAGGGAAAGCUGAGUGUGUUUGUAAGAGGGUGGAUUGUCCGUCCUUGGUGGCACCGGUUUGCGGCUCGGACUCGUCGACCUACACUAACGAGUGUGAGCUGGAGAAAGCUCAGUGCAACAUGCAACGGCGCAUCAAGGUGCUGCGCAAAGGACCCUGCUCUCUGAAGGACCCGUGCAGUGACGUGUUCUGCAGUUAUGGCAGCACUUGUGUCCAGUCGUCAGACGGCCUGUCGGCUAAAUGCAUGUGUCCCAUCAGCUGCACUGGAAAACCUCAGCAGACAGUGUGCGGCAGUGAUGGAAAGGACUAUCGCAACGAGUGUGAGCUCCAUCAGCAAGCCUGCAAGACCCAGAGGAACAUACGAGUGCAAUAUCAGGGGCCAUGCGACCCAUGCAAAGACACUGACAACAAUGUGAAUGUAAUGUGCCGCGUGGAGGCCCUCACCCGCCACACGCUCAUCUUUGCCUUGCCGGAAUCAUGUCCCUCCAUUAAUGAGCCACUCUGCGCCAGUGACGGCCAAACAUAUGCCAGCGAGUGUGUUAUGAGAGCAACGGGCAUGCAAAAAGGCAUAAACCUCAGGAAGAUCCACAAAGGACCGUGCAGAAAACUGGAGCAAUGCAAGGAGGAGUGCCUAUUCAAUGCUGUCUGCGUUGUGGAGAAACUCAGGUCACGCUGCUCCUGCGACCCCAUCGAGUGUGACGGCACCUACAAGCCCAUCUGCAGUAGGGACGGCCAGACCUACAGCAACGACUGUUUACGGCGCAAGGAGGAGUGCCUGAGACGGAAGCCCAUCCCCAUCAAGCACCAAGGGCCUUGUGAUCUCCAUGUGCCAAGCCCCUGCUUGGAGAAGAAGUGUGAUCACGGGGCGGUGUGUGUGGUGAAGAACAAUGAGCCAGUGUGCGAAUGCCCGGAGGCCUGCCCGCAAAUGUCGGACCCGGUGUGCGGAUCCGAUGGCCAAAGCUACGGCAGUCCCUGUGAGAUGCGAGCAAUCGGUUGUGCCCUGCAGAAGGCCAUUCACAUCCAGCACAAAGGACCCUGCGAUGACGCCUGCGCUAACUGUUCUUAUGGACAAAUCUGCGACAGCCAGACCGGGCUGUGUGUGUGUCCGUCGGAGUGCGUAGAAUCCCACCAGCCUGUGUGCGGCAGCGAUGGUAUGACCUACAACAGUGAGUGCGAGCUGCACGUGCGGGCCUGCAAAGAACAGAUGGAACUCCGUGUGGUCAACCAGGGAGAGUGCAAAACAUGCAGUGGCACUGUUUGCUCGUGGGGUGCCAGCUGUGUGCAGAAUAAGUGUGAGUGCCCACGGUGCUCGGGUGAAGCCUUCUCCCUGGUGUGUGGAAGUGACGGCACCACCUACAACAAUGAGUGUGAACUCCGCAUGUCCUCUUGCAUCCUGAAGAGAAGCAUUGAUGUGGCGAAGCCCGGCAGCUGUGAUGAAGACUGUGGAUCAGGAGGCUCGGGCUCAGGGGUGGAGAGCUGUGAGCAGGACCGAUGUCGCAUGUUCGGAGGAUCGUGGGAUGAGGACGUCGAGGACGAUCGCUGCGUGUGCGACUUCACCUGCCAAAGCGUUCCGCGCAGCCAGAUUUGUGGUUCCGAUGGAAAAACUUACAGUAAUGAGUGCGAGCUGAAGAAGACCCGAUGUGAGAAACAAAGGCACUUGUUUGUUCAGAAUCAGGGACCCUGCACAGCCACAUCUCUGGCUGAGCCGGCAGCACCCCAGCACUGCAGCCUGUCCGUGUAUGGCUGCUGCUCCGACAACACCACGGCUGCCUUAGGAGUGGGACUGGCUGGAUGCCCUAGUACGUGUCAGUGUAAUGCCUACGGUUCCUACAAGAGGACGUGUGACCCAGCCACCGGUCAGUGCUCCUGCAAACCUGGUGUUGGGGGACAGAAGUGUGACCGCUGUGAGCCAGGUCUCUGGAAUUUCCGCGCCAUUGUGACAGAGAACAUGAGUGGCUGCACACCGUGUAACUGCGAUGCCGUGGGAUCGGUACGGGACGACUGUGAGCAGAUGUCGGGCCGGUGCUCCUGCAAGAUGGGAGUGAAGGGCACGAAGUGCAACCUGUGUCCAGAUGGAACCAAUAUGGGCAUGAACGGCUGCGACAAAGGUCCGAAGGCCCCAACGUCAUGUGAUGAGGUACAGUGCAGCUUUGGAGCUUCUUGCAUCGAGGUCAGUGGUCAAGCUCACUGUGAGUGCCCUUCGCCUGACUGUGAUGAGAAAAACAAAACCAAGGUGUGUGGCUCAGAUGGAGUGACCUAUGCCGACCAGUGCCAGCUGAGGACUAUAGCCUGUAGGCAGGACAAGGACAUUACGGUGCAGCACUUUGGGCAUUGCACAGAAACCAUCACCGAGCCAGCUGACCGAACCACCCCCAACCCCCUCGCCACCACCCCCAGUCCAGCUGCCGCCUCCACCAUCACCACCACCCCCUUCCCCACUAACAGGGUGUGGGCCAUGCCGCCUCCCAGGACUGUCGAGAGUGAGCCGCUGGCAUCUGGCCGCUUUUCCCCUACCACCCAUCACAGCGCCCAACAAAACCACCACCACCACCACCACCACCCCACCCACACACAGCCUCAACCACCACAACCAGCCACCGCUGCCACCACUUCCUUCGCUGGCAGCAGCCCCAGCCCCUCCGCUGCGGCUUCUUUUGAAGAGUCAGGCAGUGGCGACCCCAGCGGGGACGACCAGACGGAGGAAGGGGAAGAGCGGGAAGAAGAAGCAGGUAGCGGUGUCCCAAUGGAGGCCAGUGGUGGAGAUGAGCCCAUUGGUCCAACCCCAGCGAGCGCUACUGUGCUCACAGCCGAGGACCGGUCAGCCUGCGACAAUACGCCAUUUGGCUGCUGCCCCGAUGGCAGGACGCCAUCCAGCACUCCAGAGGGUGCCAACUGUCCCCCCACCUUGAAGUUCAGCGGACUCCUGCACUUGGACCAGGUGGAGAGCCAGGAGAUUUUCUACACCCCCGAGAUGGAUGAUCCCAAGUCAGAACUGUUUGGAGAGACGGCUCGCAGCAUAGAGAACGCUCUCACUGAUUUGUUCAAGAAGUCAGGAGUGCGGAAAGACUUUAUGAGCGUCCGUGUACGUAGCUUGGUGCCCAGCAGCUCCAUCCUGGCCUUCGUGGAGGCUCACUUCAAACCAGAUACAAGAUACACGGUGAAGGAUGUGGAAGGAGCCCUGCUGAAGCAGCUGAAGGCGUCCAAAGACACCAGCAUUGCCGUGAAGAAGCCAGAGGAUGAGAAUAUUAACUUCAGCAUUUCAGGUUUCUCCUCCAUCCCCAUCUUCACCACCACGACCACCACCACAGCUUCCGUCACCACCCCUGUGAGCACCACCACCGCCGCCACCACCGCCCGGGCUCCAGUGACAUCACCAUACGUCACCCGUCGCCCACCGGGUACCACCCGCCGGCCUUACAGUGUCAGGCGAACAACCACGACUGCAGCACCAGUCACGACAACGCUGCCGCCCACCACCACCGCCCCCGCUACCACGACCAUGCCGCCUCCUUUCACCACCACACAUGCUAAGGGCAAGCAUCACCAACACAAGGUCCAGAAACCCUGCGAUUCCCACCCGUGCCUGCAUGGGGGAACCUGCGAGGAUGAGGAGGGUGACUUCAGCUGCAAGUGCCCCGCUGGACGAGGAGGCUCUGUGUGUGAGAAAGUGAUCAAGUACUUCAUCCCAUCAUUCGGUGGCAAGUCCUACUUGGCCUUCGCCACCAUGUCCGCCUACUACACUGUCCGCAUCGCCAUGGAGUUCAGAGCGGCCGAAAUGACGGGCAUCCUCCUCUACAACGGCCAGGAUGGCAAGAAGGACUUCAUCUCUCUGGCUCUGCUGAACGGCAAGGUGGAGCUCAGGUUCAACACAGGUUCAGGCACGGGAACGGUGGUCAGCAAAGUACCCAUCAAGCAGGGCCGCUGGCACCAGCUGGUGGUGACUCGCAGUCGGCGCAGCGCCAUGCUCAGCGUGGACAACGAGCCGCACGUCAAGGGCGAGAGCCCACACGGCACAGAAGGCCUCAACCUGGACACCAACCUGUUCAUCGGAGGCGUGCCUGAGGACAUGAAACAGGAUGUAAAGGAAAGGACAGCAGUGGGCACAGGUCUGGUGGGCUGCAUCCGCCUGCUCGAUGUCAACAACCGAGUGCUGAAUCUACAGCCGAACGAUGGCAACAUUCUUUACGGCAGUGGUGUGGGUGAAUGCGGAAACAACCCCUGCCAGCCAAAUCCAUGCAAGAAUGGAGCAGCUUGUCAGGUCAAAGAGGCUGAGAUGUUCCACUGCAAGUGCACCAAUGGCUUCUGGGGCCCUACUUGUGCUGAUGUCCAUGACCCAUGCGCACCCAGCAGAUGUCAUCCAUCCUCACUGUGCCAAGUGCUUCCAGAGGGAGGCUACAAAUGCGUCUGUCCAAUGGGGCGCGAGGGGAGGCACUGCGAGAACGUGGCUGAGAGGAAAGGGACUUACAUGCCAUUAUUCAACGGUGACUCGUACCUGGAACUGAAGGGGCUGCACCUCUACGGGCACGAUCUGCAGCAGAAAGUCAGCAUGACAGUGGUUCUCAUGACCAACGACUCCAAUGGUUUGAUUUUCUACAACGGCCAAAAAACAGACGGCAGAGGAGACUUCAUCUCUCUCGCCCUCAAUGACGGGUUUCUGGAGUUCCGCUAUGACCUGGGUAAAGGACCUGCUGUCAUCAGGACUAAAACAAAAAUCAAGAUGAAUGUCUGGAACACCAUCAACCUGGAGCGCUCCAACCGCAAAGGAGAGAUCAUGGUCAACAAGAAGGACCCUGUGCGAGGAGAGGCGCCGAAAUCACGCAAGAACCAGCACACCGCUCUUAAUCUGAAAGAGUCUCUUUACGUUGGUGGAGCGCCUGAUUUCAGCCGGCUGGCGAGGGCCGCUGCACUGAAGGACGGUUUCAAGGGAACAAUCCAAAAGAUCAUUGUGAUGGGUACACCCAUCCUUAGAAAGGAGAAUGCACUGCAUUCCAGCAACGUGGCCAUGUUUCAGAGACACCCGUGCGCCCAGGAGCCCUGCCACAAUGGCGGCCGCUGCAACCCCACGCUGGACACCUACGAAUGCGUUUGCCUCAGUGGGUUCUCAGGGGGCCACUGUCAGAACGUCAUCUACGAGAAGUCUGCCGGUGAGACUGAAGCCAUUGCCUUUGACGGGCAGACGUUCAUCGAGUACCACAAUGCUGUUACCAAGAGCCAACUGACCAAUGAGAUCCCAGAUCCCAAGUCUCUGGAGAACCCAUCUGACCAGAGUGAGAAAGCUCUGCUCGUGAACAAGUUUGAGCUGAGCAUCAGGACGGAGGCGACCCAGGGCCUGGUGCUGUGGAGCGGGAAGGGCGUGGAGCGCUCCGACUACAUCGCCCUGGUCAUCGUGGACGGGCACGUCCAGAUGACGUACGACUUGGGCUCCAAGCCCGUGGUGCUGCGCUCCUCGGUGCGUGUCGACACCAACCGCUGGAUCCGCAUCAAAGCCAGCCGAGCGCUUAGAGACGGCGCUCUACAGGUUGGCAACGAGGCACCGGUAACAGGGUCAUCGCCUUUGGCUGCAACACAGCUGGACACAGACGGAGCGCUGUGGUUGGGCGGUCUGGAGGACCUGGCAGUGACGCGUCGUUUGCCCAAGGCCUACAGCACCAGUUUUGUCGGCUGCAUUAAGGACGUGGUCGUAGAUGGCGUGGAGCUCCACCUAGUGGAAGACGCCUUAAACAGCCCUAAAAUAUUACACUGUUCCGCCACCAAAUAACCCAGCAGAGAUAAAAAUAAUGAGAAAUCAAACAAAACAUCCGCCCGCCUACUCCCACCAUACCACCCAUGUCUCCUGCUGUAAUUAUUUUCUAUUUUUGUAUACUUUUCAUUGCUUUUAUAUGGAAAGAACAUGAAUAUGUUUUAAUUUUUUUUUAUUUUGUAUAUUUUAAUUUUUUUUUUCAAACCACACCUCGGUCACAGUAUAUUCUUCCUCCUCUGCCGUUGCAGUCAUUCAUCUUCCUCAAAAAAGCAGGCAUCUCUGAAAAAGAGGGAUUUUAUUAUUUUCUCUCUUUUUUUAGCUUUUUGUCAGUUUUGUUGUUUUAAAACAAACGCCAAUAUUUAAAAAAAGCCUGCUCUUCUUCUUCGCUCAUUACUUGAACAGUGGUGGACAUCUCCGAUGACCUCUGGUUACCGCCUUGUCUCGGUGCCAUAUCAGUCGUUCACAUUCCCCAAGCAUGGCUUCUACGUUCAUAAAUCCAUUGGCGGACAUUCCCCCUGUGAGCCCUGGACACGGCGUGCUGCGGAGCUGCAGCCAGAGCUGGAGUGUACAGCCACAAAAAAUAAAAAAAAAUUAAAAAAAAACACCUCUAUAUUCAGCCCCAGUAGCCACUGUAUUUCCUUAAUGGGAGUUUUUAGCAUCCGUCAAGCUGCUACACUGAGAAAGUGCACAGUCGAAACCAUUCGAUCAAGCCCCAUCUCACAGCGCAGAACGCUCUCCGCUCAGCGUGAAUCCCAUCAGAGCCUUUAGUUUUGAAAUAUGACUCACUAACACUGCGACCUGUGCAGGCGACCGGAGCGCUGCCUUCCACAGUGACUCGCAUAUCAUUAGUCAUCAGUCAAGAAUGGUAGACGUGGAUAAAUAUUAUAAAUAUAGAAUAUAUAAAUAAUACCUGAGACUGUGAAUGAAUGUGUACGAUGGGUUCUCAUGUACUUUUGUGCGUUUUGUUUUACAAUCAGCAGAUGAACUUCUGAUGACCACUAUACGAGAUCCAUGCACUUCUGCAGUGUUGUUCUGAAUGGUUUUGGGUUUUUUUUUACUCCAAUUAUGUUCCAUAAAACCUUCCUACUGGGAAAACUAUCACUUCUUUUGGUAUGACUUUGAUGGAAAUUAGGAUUUUUUUUUUGUCUUUUCUGUUUUUCCCCCUCUCUGUAUCUCUUUUUGUCUUUCUGCUUCGCCUGGUGUGGUCAGUUAUUCAGGUCCUUGAAUGGUGCAUAAGGGAAGCGUUGUUACCAUUUUUGACCUUAAGGAGGCGCUCAGAGCAAAGACUGAAGGAAAGGACUCGAGGAGAGACAUCAUCACGUGAGGCGAGUGCCUGCUUGCGUCAAAAACUCUGAGAUUUAAUUUCUUUUUUUGACCUACAAGCAUUCCAGGAGGAAUCCAUAGAGACUGUAAUGUUGUUGUGACAUUUGAAGCCAUAACAGCUGCAAAUGAGGAACGAUGCGUAAUCCUACAGUAUGUGCUAAUUAACAUAUUAACGCAUGGGUUUGUAUUCUUGACAAUUCUUGUAACGUUCAGUGAACUGAUGCAAACUGGAGUCGUCGUUGCCGAAUCCCAAUAAUCUGCGAUGAGCGACUUAACAGACACUUUUGAUAAGCGACCCUUGGCAAUACCUGAAAAAAAUACAAAAAAAAAAAAAACAUGCCUGUUCGUGGUUGAGUAGCGAAUGGUCUUGUACUCAUUUUUGUUGAGCGUUAUAACUUCUGUUUCUCUUCUGAAAUCAUCCAGCAAAGCGUUUUGUACAGCCCUGCAAUUUUUAAGUGUGAAUUUAGCAAACGUGUGACCUGUGGAGGUUUGUGUUUUUAGUAAAAUACACUGGAGCCAUGUCCAACUUGUCUGUUCACCCACAUGUUGAAAUGUAAGCUUGGGGGUAGGGAAUACGCGAAGGCCCCACCCUAAAGGUGGAACGUUGUCUGUAAUCAAAGCGGACCUGGAGACACUUUGUCUUGUAAUCGUCCCCACAGACGCGUAAAUCCCGUCGCUCAGUCUGUAUUGACUUUACCUCUCUGCGGAAUCGCCCGUUCCAGGGGUAAUACUUAAUAAGUUUGUGUUUUUUGGACGGGCACAUUUAUACACUAUGGACUCAAUAAUCAGUCUACUGUUUGGCUGGAAACUACAAAUUGCCUUAAAAACCAGUCGCCUCGACUCUGAGGAGGUGACAAAUGCGUCAUUCAUAGAACUCUUUGUGUUCUCUUACUUUUAACCAGUGUAUUAGCCAGUGUAUCAACCCCAUGAUGUAAAUGGGUAAUCAUAAUUAUAAAAGUAAUAAUGCUCACACCCUCCUCCCUCCCCCACACCCCUAAAAAGGAGGUGGGUCUCUGCUACUGUUUCCUCUGGAGUUUUAUGAAAGGUCUUCUAUUUACUGUCUUUAGAAUCUAUUUUCUGUUCCUUAUUUAUGUCUACAUACAAGUCUGGCCUCUGUAAACUACUGUGUCUGACUGCGUAAAACCUCCUGAAAAGGCAGCGCACCGACUUAAGCGUGGCAUGACCUGAACAUUGCUAACUUUAUGACCUUUGUCUUGUGUUCCUACCACCAUGAAAUAAAAUGUCAACCAAAUGGA